UAUAUAUACAUAGGAUAGGAUAGGAUAGGAUAGGAUAAGAUAGAAUACUUGAAAGGGACUGAUUAAAAUUAUCUAAGAAUACUUACAUUCUACUGUACAUUAUGUACAACAAGAAAGGGAAGCAUGCCAGCAGCCCUAUCAUCUUCCCAAACCCUGGACCGUAAGCUGCAGCACUGUAUAUCAUGUAAAAUCAGUCAGCUGGAAAUGAGGCAGCUCGUAAGAAGUCUCACUGUGCUGUAGGCAGGCUGGUUUGCAGCAAUCCAAAAGAGGAAGGUCAUCCUCAGCAGGCAGUACAAGAAUUAAAAUAUAUAUAUAUGUAUGUGUGUGUGUGUAUAUAUACAUAUAUACUUACACAUAUGGGAAAGGAAUUAAAGGACGCAAAAAGAAAAAAGGAAUUGGGAAUUAUGGACAUUAUGUUUUUAUAAAAAAUAUAGUUUGGGGAAAAUUUCAACCUUAAACCGUUAUAUUAUUUCAGAAACAAAGUCCAAACCCUUAGAAAAUUUAGCCUUGUAGGCUGAAUAGUCUGAGGUUAACAAAACUUCCAAGAAAAUGCAAGAAAAUUACUACCUUCCAGUAAGUUUCUACUGAUACAGCUUUUGGUUUUCCUUUAGUGAGUACUUACUGGAAAAAAUAAUGUUUCUAUAUUUUAUAGUUUUUUUGCAAGUGGUGACAGCAGGGAAAAGGAGAAGCAGCUUGACUGAAGGGCACGUUCGUGCAACACAACUUCUGAGCAGGCAGAAAGAAAUCCCUGUCCGCGGGCUCGGUCCCGCGGCACUGGAGGCACUGAUGUCAUCGUCCUUCCAGCUGUUUUAACGUCACUGCCGUACACAUUUUGUGUGGCGAAGAGAAACAAACUACAGGAUUUCCUGCUCUGCAGCCACUGUGCUGGGCUGCAGAUGCCGGCAGGAUUCCAGCCCUCCGAAAACAUGUGGAAGAUCAGAGGGGAGCCUCUGGGGCUGGGACUGCCGCAAAAGCCAGCAGGGAACAGCAGCAGAAGGCUCGCUCCUCCUGCUCUCUAGCAUGGGUGUCUUCCCCCUGAAGGAUGGGAGCUACAGGGAGGGCCUGGGCUGCUGCUAGCAGAUCCUGCCUGUUGCUACAACACGAUGCCUGCACAAUGUGCCGUGAGCGCCCAAAUUGAGUUAGCAGGACCGACAGAGGGACUGGCGUGCGUUCGGCUGGCUAUUAGCUUAGGAGAGCAGCCUUGGAUCUGGAGCCAGGGCUGUGAUAGAUCUGUCUGCACCUCCCUGGCUGGCCUCUGCUCCGCUCUGCUGCCAGCACCAUCGUCUGCUGAGGCUAAUUACAGUGAACCUCUGCGCGGAUCCAAAAGGACAAUUCUAUCAGCCCGCUCAAAGCCCCUCUUUAUUUGCAGCCCCACUGAAAUCCCUUGUAUAUAUGCAGCUUGUUCUUCCACCCUGAAGCGCAUUUAUUCCAUGUGUGGCAAUAUUGAGAGGUUUGGGGCAUCACAGCACUUGUCUUUGCUCCCCGCAGAAAGCCUCCACCCGCCUGAAUCCACUGCGGAGCGAGGAGACUCGGCCGAGAUGGAGAGCAACGCGUCCUCUGGGAACUGCACCCACCCGCAGAUGGCCUUCCAGUCCACGCUGUACGCAGCCACCUACACCAUCAUCUUCAUCCCCGGCCUCCUGGCCAACAGCGCUGCCCUGUGGGUCCUGUGCCGCUUCAUCAGCAAGAAGAGCAAAGCCGUCAUCUUCAUGAUCAACCUGGCCGUGGCCGACCUGGCCCACGUCCUCUCGCUGCCGCUGCGGAUGUAUUACUACAUCAACCACACGUGGCCCUUCGGGAGCUUCCUCUGCCAGGUGUGCUUCUACCUGAAGUACCUCAACAUGUACGCCAGCAUUUGCUUCCUCACCUGCAUCAGCAUCCAGCGGUACCUCUUCCUCCUCCACCCCUUCAGAGCCAAGGACUGGAAGCGGCGCUACGACGCGGCCAUCAGCGCGGCCGUCUGGCUCUUCGUGGGGGCCGCGUGCCUGCCCCUGCCCAUCGUGAGGAGCCCGGCCCUGUCCAACAGCACCAACACCUGCUUUUCGGACCUGGCCGUGAAGCAGCUGGCGCCGGGAGCCUCCAUCGCGCUGGUGACGGUGGCGGAGCUCUUUGGCUUCGUCAUCCCCUUCGGCAUCAUCGCCUGCUGCACGUGGAAGAUGAGGCAGUCGCUGCGGGAGUGCCAAACGCAGCUGCAAAACGCCAGCGAGAAGCAGAGAGCGCUGCGGAUGGUCCUGAUGUGCGCGGCUGUCUUCUUCAUCUGCUUCACCCCCUACCACAUCAACUUCCCCCUCUUCAUGAUGGUGAUAGAGAACAUCAUCACGGACUGCGCCGUGCACAGGAGCACGCUCCGCUUCCACCCCAUCUCCCUCUGCCUCGCCAGCCUCAACUGCUGCCUGGAUCCCGUCCUCUACUACUUCAUGACCUCCGAGUUCCAGGACCAGCUGCUGCGGCACGGCUGUGCCGCCCUGCGGGCUCGCCUCGCGCGCAGCCGCAGCAGCUUCUCCGUGGCGGACGCCGGCCACGACAUCCGCACCAGGCCGAGAAACCUGCCGCGCUUCGGGCUUUGGUCCCUCCCCAAGCUCUUUGGCCGGAUAAACAGCAUGGAAAUUCCCCCGGCGCCACCCGACGAGCUCCUCCUGGAGUCCAUCUCUUGAAAAGAAGACAUUCCCCCCUGCGUAGGUGCUCCCCGUAGCUUCAGUGACGAUCGUGCUGGGUCUCCACAUACGUGCUGAAUUCCCCCUGUGCGCAGCAGGUGCUGGGAUCGGGCCCAGGAGGACGUUCUGAUGAAGGAGGUUUGGGUGCUGUG